AUGGCACGUCUCCUCGGAUUCCUGGCCCUGGCCUGGUCAGGGGAGGCAUGGGAGGCCAGAUCUGCCUGCGAUAGGCAGGAUGAGCCUUCUGAGUCCAGUUUCCUGCAGCAUGGCCUCCGUCUGGAGGACAGCCAUUUGGCAGCGACGGAAGCGGUGACAUCCCCGGAAGUGAAAACCUUCUCGCUCUUCGUCAAGUUCCAUAAGGUUGCAGGUAGUACAUGGCGAGACUACGUGGAUACCAUGACUGGUCAGAACCGUUUCUGCAGUGGCAACUGUGGCAAUCCAGCUUGGCCGUGUGAGCAGGACGGUACUCGUACAGCCUUGGAACACCAGCCCUGUCGCGCGGAGACCAUUGCUGCGUUCUGCCACACGCGCCCGACAACCUGCACCUUCCACGGAAGCCUUGGCGUGAUGUAUCAGGCGACGCUAGAUCAAAACCUGACAGUUGCCAACUACUCCGACCUCGCGGGAGUGCAGAAUCUGUGGCCCGACAGCAAGAGGUUCCAGCUGUACUGGCGUGUAGAGUGGGCACGUGCGUGGCUGCCAAUGAACAUGCUCUACCUCCAAAACAAGCGGAUCUUAGUCACGACCAUAUUGCGCGAUCCUGUAGAGAAGAUUCGCUCGUAUUAUUAUUACCGGAACUUUGAGGGCAAUCACACCACUUUUUUGGCUUUCCUGGAGUUCCGGCGGGAUUAUGUGGCAGGAAAUUGGACAAUGGAGGGCUUUGAGGCCCAGAAGCACAUGCCAAAGCCUGCGGAAACAUUCUCGAUUCUGAACCGGUCCUGCUGCGAAUAUGAGACCUGGCUUGGUCAAGGCUCUGUGGACAAGGCAAAGAUCACGCUGUCCACGCAGUUUGACCUCGUCGGAAUCACCGAGCGCAUGAACGAGUCGCUCGUCAGCCUUGGCAAGCUGUACGGCUUAACAGCCGAGGAGAUCGGGAGGGUCGGGCGCAGCAUUCCGAAGGACAAAGACAAUUCUGACGAAAAGCUGGACUGGACGGAUGAAGAGAAGUCAUUGGCAACCUACAUCGCCACUAACAGCCUGAAAGUCUACGACUUUGGGAAUGAGCUCUUCGUGCGGCAGUACUUGGCCCUGUUCAACAGCGAGGAGAACAUGAAGAAAGCAGUGGCCAGGUUUGAGGCAGUGAACCCACCAAGCUGA